AUAAGAACACAAAAGGUUUGCGCUGUAGACAACUACAUUUCCCAGCUAGCUUUGCCCCUACGUCACUUCCGGGGCCCGCAAUAAGGAAUGCUUGUUCGGCGGUAGAAUAAGUUGCUGCCUGUGAAGCCCAGCGAGUAACUAGACGAGCGAGUGGAGGAAACAUGGUGUAAAAACAGCUGAGAUGGACGACUAUGAAGUUGUGCGUCAGAUCGGAGAAGGCGCCUUCGGUAAAGCCUUCCUGGUGCGACCCAAAGGUGCUGCGGGCGCACAAUGUGUGGUGAAGAGGAUCGACCUGACUAAGAUGUCCAGCAGAGAGAAGGAGGCGGCCAAGAAGGAGGUGGGCCUCCUGUCCAGCAUGGAACAUUCCAACAUUGUGUCCUUCUUAUGCUCCUUCCAAGAUGGCGGCAGUCUGUGCAUCGUCAUGGAGUUCUGUGAUGGAGGAGACCUAAUGAGGAAGAUCAACCUGCAGAGAGGAGUCUUCUUCGCUGAACAACAGGUACUGGAUUGGUUUGUUCAGAUCUGCCUGGGCCUCAAACACAUCCAUGACAGAAAGAUCCUGCACAGAGACAUUAAAAGUCAGAACAUCUUCCUCACAGAGCGAGGGAGGAAAGUCAAGCUUGGAGACUUUGGCAUUGCCAGAAUGUUAAAUAAUACCAUGGAGCUUGCCAGGACUUGUGUUGGGACUCCUCACUACCUGUCCCCAGAGAUCUGUGAGAGUCGGCCUUACAACAACAAAACGGACAUAUGGUCUCUGGGCUGUGUCCUCUAUCAACUGUGCACACUCAGACUGCCUUUUGAGGGCAGGAGUCUACACCAGCUGGUCAGUCACAUCUGCAGAGGUCACUAUAAACCUUUGACCUCUCCUUUUUCAUCUGACCUUUGUCUGUUGGUCACUCACCUCUUUAAGGUGAACCCUCGCCAUCGUCCGUCGGUCACUUCGGUCCUGCAGCGUCCUUUCCUGCAAAAAUACCUGCACACUCAGGACAUGGGUCACAAUAACAAAGUAGCAACAAGUCCAGCCUGCAGACCUACACCAGACAAGAAGAAAUGCAAAGCUGCUCUGAAGAAACUUCCUGUUAAACCAGAAUGGAGGGGCUGUGCUGCUGCUAAUUACACACUUCUUCCCCUGCGAGCAGCUGGAGAUGCAGCAUGUCAUCAGAACCACAAGUUUGGACAGUACCAGCAGUUCUAUGUCCAACUGGAUGCUCUGCAGCAGGGAGACUCAUGUUCUCCACAACCUCAUCCACUUCCUCUUCCUGCACCUCCUCCAGGUGAAGACCACCAAGAUCCACAUGGAGAACCCUACAAGCUGGUGGCAGCAGCUCGUGAAGAGUACCUCCAGAGGCGCCAGGAGGCCAACCGCUACAAGCUGAGAGCAGAGAAACAGCUGGGUCUGCGUCCCAGCACGGCAGAGGGCUGCAGGCAGACUGGCCAUCAAGAUGAGGGCAAGCAUACAGUCCAGGACAGGAAGCAAGAGGGCCAGCAGGAGUACCUGAGACAACUGCAUGCCAUCAGACAGCAGUAUCAUCAGGACAUGAGGCAGAUGAGACUCAGGGUCGACGCCCAGCAUGACACCUUUGUGAGGGACCCUCCCACGGAGCACCAAGUCCAAGCUGUACAGGAUGUUGAAGUGGCUCUCAAGGAGAUCCGGGAGGAGACCAGGAAGAAAGACCCGAGGAACAAACACAAAGACCAGAAAGCAAUCAUGUUUGAGAUCCGCCUGGAUGACAGUGAUGGGAUGAAGGACACCUCGGAGGAAGACCAGGGGACACCAGAGGAUGGGAUGAAGGACACCUCGGAGGAGGACCAAGGGACACCAAAAGACGGGAUGAAGGACACCUCGGAGGAAGACCAGGGGACACCAGAGGAUGGGAUGAAGGACACCUCGGAGGAGGACCAAGGGACACCAAAAGAUGGGAUGAAGGACACCUCAGAGGAGGACCAGGGGACACCAAAAGAUGGGAUGAAGGACACCUCAGAGGAGGACCAGGGGACACCAGAAGAUGGGAUGAAGGACACCUCAGAGGAGGACCAGGGGACACCAAAAGAUGGGAUGAAGGACACCUCAGAGGAGGACCAGGGGACACCAGAAGAUGGGAUGAAGGACACCUCAGAGGAGGACAAGGGAACCCCAGAGGACCAACAGGAAGUAGACCAUCACAACCUGACAGAAGAGAGAGACCACUUUCAUCCAGCCAGGAGGGUCUGGACUCAGAGGCCCCCUCAGACACUGCUGGAGGCUCUGGUCCACAUGGACUCGUUCUCCAGCACUACGCUGGAGAACCAAACAGGUGAGGGGGACCAGGCAGGUCGCCGCCAGUGGGUCCACCGCCUCCCCAGAACCCUGCUGGACGCACUUGCUCAAGCCGACCCACGGACCACCACGGUGGACUUGGCGAGCGCAGACUCAGACAGGGAGGAAAUGGAGGACGACUCGGAUGUGGAACUGGACCAAGUAGGCCUUCAGCCCGGGUCGGAGCACGACGACGACGACGACACGAACUUUGAGGACUCUGAGGACGAGGCGAAGGAGGCCAUGUCUGACUCCAUGAAGAACCUGCUUGUCUUCAACGCUCCUGAGACUGGGCACCAGAACCAGGCUGAAGAAGCACAUGUGGAUAACACACACGUCCAUAACACACACGUCCAUAACACACACGUCCAUAACACACACGUCCAUAACACACAUGUGGAUAACACACAUGUUGCUAACACACAUGUGGAGGGCACACAUGUCGAUAACGCACAUCUCAAUAACACGCCUGUCGCUAACAUACAUGUCAAUAACAUACAUGUGAAGUGAAGUGAAUUAUAUUUAUAUAGCGCUUUUCUCUAGUGACUCGAAGCGCUUUUACAUAGUGAAAGCCAAUAUCUAAGUUCCAUUUAAAGCAGUGUGGGUGGCACUGAGAGCAGGUGGGUCGAGUGUCAUGCCCAAGGACACAACGGCAGUGACUAGGAUGAUGGAAGCGGGAAUCGAACCUGCAAGCCUCAAGUUGCUGACACGGCCACUCUACCAACCGAGCUAUGCCGCCCAUGUCAAUACCAUACAUGUCGAUAGCACUGUGAAAGCCAUGGAACAAAAAAAACCAACAGAGUCCUGCACAGACGCUACCACUUCCACCACUUCCACCACUUCCACCACUUCCACCACUUCCACCACUUCCACCACUUCCACCACUUCCACCACUUCUACCACUUCCACCACUUCCACCACUUCCACCACUUCCACCACUUCUACCACUUCUACCACUUCCACCACUUCCACCACUUCCACCACUUCCACCACUUCCACCACUUCCACCACUUCUACCACUUCUACCACUUCUACCACUUCUACCACUUCCACCACUUCUACCACUUCCACCAAUCUACCACUUCCACCACUUCAACCACUUCUACCACUUCUACCACUUCUACCACUUCCACCACUUCAACCACUUCUACCACUUCUACCACUUCUACCACUUCUACCACUUCCACC